AUGAGACUUCCUGUGGUGCUUCUAUUGGCAACGCUUAUACUGGCCAAGCCUCUCCCUCUGAGGACUGGCAUCAUCCACCAUCACCAUCUUCAUGCCAGGGACGACAUGCCUGGUGUCACCGACACCGCUGCCACGACGACUUCCACAAGUUCCAAGUCAACAUCGAAAACAUCCACUUCGAAGUCGUCCAAAUCUUCGAGUGCCUCCACUUCUGAUAUGCCUUCAGCUGAGGACUCAUCCACCACGGAAAUGCCUUCUGCUUCGGUGCUUCCUUCCAUAUCGCUGACGCUGUCGCUGUCUACACUGUACAGCUACUCCAUCACGGUGCCGCCAUCGACGCAAACAGGCAGCUAUAAUGAAAAUCCAUACGUCUACAGAGCCACCAAACCAGCCAACCUCGUUUUCAUAAUUGUCGGCGGCAUCCUCGGCCUCAUGCUUCUCUCCUUAAUUGCCAUCUACCUUGCGUUCUGGCUCAUCAGCAGAAGCAGAGCCAAGAAGGAGAGGGAGGUGUACUUUGGCAUGCUGAUGCCUGGUCUCAAUCUGAGCCAGCUGAGUUUCUUCAACAGCGACGGCAACUCGUCCAUUGCUGAAAAAUCAAGCACGGGCUGGGGCUCCAAUUCGUCAGUUCUCAUGCUUCAUCGCCAAUCUCUGGCUCUUCAUCUAGACAGAGCCAGUGUGCUUCCGUCUCAAGGCAGAAGCUAUAGAGAACUGCAAGGAUUGGAGGGUACUCGUCGUGGAUCGAUGUAUAUUUCUCCAGUACUUGAGAUGAUGCACGGAAGAAGCCGACUGCAAGUGGACUUGGUCAGACCCGAUUCCAUAUAUGGACUUGAUCUGCCAUACGUUGAUUCACCGCUUGAUUCACCCACGGACUACGCCUCCACAGAUGCUAUAAACACGCAGCCAAUUGAAGAGAAAAAGAAGCUGCGGCCACCUUCCCAGAUUCUAGAUGACCUCUUGGGCGAUAUGGAUUUCACGUUGGAUCCAGCUAAGGACGAGCAUUAG